CCCGCAGCUCUCUGCCAGUCAGCCCCGACGACAGCCAGCCAGCCAGCCAGCCUGCCAGCCUCGGGGGGGAAAUAAAGGCUUUUUUGCAGCUUUGCCCUUCAAGACAUAUGGAGAAAAUGGCCAGACCUCUUCCCUUAAACCCGACGUUCCUGCCGCCGACCCACGGCGUGCUGAAAUCCCUGCUGGAAAACCCUCUCAAACUGCCUUUCCAUCACGACGAAGGAUUUGGGAAGGACAAGGAGAAAGAGAAGAAGCUCGAGGAUGAGAGCGGGACGGCCAACCACCCGCAGUCGGCCUUCCUGGGCCCGACCCUGUGGGACAAGACGCUGCCGUACGAUGGCGACAACUUCCAGCUGGAAUACAUGGACCUGGAGGAGUUCCUGUCGGAAAACGGCAUCCCGGCCAACUCGGCCGUCCAGGGCGAGCCGGCCCCCCAGACGGGCCCGGUGGCGGCGGUGCCGGCCCCCCUGCAGCAGCAGCAGCAGCAGCAGCAGCAGCAGCCGCUGGCGCUGACGCCGGCGCCGCCCGCCCCCUCCGUGGUGGACCUGAGCAGCCGGGCCACCACCUCGGUCCACGCGGCGCUGCCGCCCCAGACCUGCCUCCGCAGCACCGGCACCGCAGCGCUGCCCGUCGUCAGGGACUCCCCCAGCCCCAUCGACCCCGAGACCAUCCAGGUGCCGGUGACCUACGACCCCGACCCGGCCGACCUGGCUCUGUCCAGCGUCCCCGGGCAGGAAAUGUUCGACCCCCGGAAACGCAAGUUCUCCGCCGAGGAGCUGAAGCCCCAGCCCAUGAUCAAGAAGGCCCGCAAGGUGUUCAUCCCCGAGGACCUGAAGGACGACCGGUACUGGGCCCGUCGCAGAAAGAACAACGUGGCGGCCAAGCGUUCCCGGGACGCGCGGCGGCUGAAGGAGAACCAGAUCGCCAUCCGGGCCGGCUUCCUGGAGAAGGAGAACCACGCGCUCCGCAUGGAGGUGGCGGACUUGAGGAAGGAGCUGGGCCGCUGCAAGAACGUUCUGUCCAAAUACGAGGCCCGGCACGGGCCCCUGUGAGCCCCCCUAGGUGCCCCCGCUCCCCCGCCGGCCACCCAACGCCCCUGGAGAUGGAAGGACAACUCUUUUGGUGGCACCGCCCCCUCGCCCUCCCCAACACGCCCCUGAAUGAUUCUGGUUCCACACCUGACUUCUAUCACGACUUUCAGUUCGUCUGUUCCUUCUUUUAUUUCCCCGUUUUGACUAAAUAUACACGUAAAUAUAUAUAUAUUUACACGUGCAGACUUCCCACUUUAACGUACUGUGAGGAGCAAUGAGCCAACCCACCAGCUGAGAAGCCCCGCCCCUCCACCACAAGCCGCGCCCCUCCACCACAAGCCCCGCCCCCUCUUUGAGAAUCGAUGCCAUGCUGUUUCUUCACUUUCAUACCGAUUUUUAUACGUGAGAUCAGGACUGAGAACUGUUUCCUGCCCCCCCCCGGCCCACGAACCUGCUUCUGUGGAGUUUAGUGUUUUUGAAGCCCCGCCUCCUCCUCCAUCUUCAUGUUUUCGGGCACUUUAAGGCCACUCCCCCCUCCAGCCUCUCGAAUGUAUUUACUUUCUGAUAGCACUUACUUUUGGUUUUUCUUUGCCCUCAUUUUUUUGUUUUUCUAUCCAUUCUUGUGUUUUGUUUUUGGUUGUUUUUGUUGUUUUUUUUUUUCCUCAGACACUGAGCAAUAAUUCUUGUCCUGGUCUGACCACGCCCCCUUGGCUCCGCCCCCUUAGAUAACCUUCUGUUGCACUUAAUGCGCGUCUCACAAUCUGUUCCUGGUGCAACGUCGUCACCUGCUUAAAGGUUCCUCCGCCUCAUAUUUAUCUCCCUUUUUAUUUCUCAGAUUGUUUGCUUUUUCUUUAAAAAAAAAAAGUAUAUAUAUAUAUAUAUAGAUAAAUAUAUAUAUUCUGUUAAUAUAAAUGUUAGUAUUAAUACUACUCUGGAAAUUGUUGUUGUUUAGCUCCUUAUUUUCAGAUUUAAGCAUGAUUUCUUUCACAGAAUGAAAAUCUUUUCUGUUUUUUUUGUUUGUUUUUGAUUUUUCUUUUUUUUUGCAAAGUUGUUAAUAAUCCUUCGAGCUUCUGUUAAACUUAGCAUGACUAAUAAGAGUUUUUUUUUGUUGUUGUUUUUUUUUCCAUCGUUAUUUUUAGGACUCGAUACUACGGAAGAGUAUUAGGGCCACGCAGGAGAAAAAAUAUUUUUGAGAGGGGAAGAUUUUUUUUUAUUGUGCACUUUGAGAAAAAA